CUCUUGGCCGGGUGCAGUGUCUGCAGCUACAUGGCCCACAUCUUCGUGUACGGCACUCUGAAACGAGGCCAGCCCAACCACAAAGUCAUGCUGGACCAGUCACAUGGCUCAGCGGUCUUUCAAGGCAGAGGCUGCACAGUUGAGUCCUUCCCACUGGUGAUUGCCGGAGAGCACAACAUACCAUGGCUGCUGCAUGUGCCAGGCAAGGGCCAUUCUGUGGCAGGUGAGAUCUACAAGGUGGACGAACAGAUGUUGAGAUUCCUGGAUGACUUUGAAGGCUGUCCCAACAUGUACCAGCGCAGAGCCCUCCAGGUGCGGGUGCUCGAGUGGGAGGGUGCUGGUGGCCCCGUGGAUAGCCUCCAGUGCUUUGUGUACAGCACAAUCACCUACCCACCUGAGUGGCUGCUUCUUCCCUACCAUAAAAGCUAUGAUUCCGAGGGCCCACAUGGGCUGCGCUACAACCCCCGGGAAAACAGAUGAGGGCCUCAUGCCCCAGAUGCUAACAGGAUAGAGGGAGCCCAGUGGCUGCCUAGCAGAGCUUUCCUGGCUCAACGUCUGUAAGACAUGUUGGCAAAAUAUCUGACACAAAUUUUGCAAAUACUCUAAUCUGAUGCUGCUUACUAUUAUUGCUUGCUAUGUGAAACACUCUGGUCCAAAGU